CGCAGGAAUCUUAAGGAAUCCGACCAGUUCCUUCGGCGCGAUAGUAUUGUUGCCCUGGGCGGGGCUGCUGGGCUUAAAAAGCUGGAACACACCUGGGCUGGAUGCAGCCCCAGGAGCCUCCUCAGACCAGCUCUCUGCACUCAGCUCUCAGCCUAGGCCUGCCGCUGUGUCAUGGACGGAGUGGUCCGGGGCCUUCUCCUCCUGCUGGCAGGCCUGCCCGUCCUGGAAGCCAAUGACCUGGUUGAUAAAGACAGUCCCUUCUACUAUGACUGGGAAGGCCUGCAGCUGGGCGGGGUGAUCUGUGCAGCGCUCCUGUGCAUCGCUGGAAUCUUGUUCGCCCUGAGUGGCAAAUGCAAAUGCAAGCAAGAUCAUAAGCACAGCUCCUUACCCGAGAAAGCCGUUCCACUCAUCACUCCAGGCUCUGCCAGUACCUGCUGAGCACAGGACCGGCUUCACGGCACUUCCUGCACCAGCUCCCAUCAUACUGUCACCUCCCCCUUGGGGGACUUUACCCUUCAUGAUGGCCUUUCUCUCCGAGGGUGGGCCCUUAGGCUCCCUUAUGCUCGGGAGGCUGUCCAGAGCAUAUUUCUAAAUUAAACUUCUCUCCUCCCUC